AGCAGGCAUUGGUCGAGGCUCUGUUUGUGACCCUUCGGGUUGAUCCACAUAGAUAAAACUUUCACUGGCACAUUUGAGAGCAUUCGUGUGAGGUGAGAAAUCAUGAUUUAAAACAUGGCAAAGACAGAAAUGUAGUGCAAGACUACAUUUUAUGAGAGGAAUUAAUGACAUUGGCAGAAGAAAGGAAGCAGAGAGAUGCAGUUCAAGAACACAUUCAUAUAAAGCUACUAUAUUACAGAAGAUUCAAGAGCAGCAAAGAAAACAACAUCUUAGUAUGACCCCAAUACUGCGCACUGAGAUGCUGCUGCCGAGUGAACUUCAGGCAUUGUUUGGAGAGGAAAAGGAUUAUUCUUGUUCAUUGACUGAUAUUGUUCAAAGCACAGAGUCAUGUGCAGUGUCUCAUCUGCAGAGACAGGUGUUGUCCAACCAGGAAUACUACACCAAAUUACAAGGACUGAAGAGAGAACACACGCGAAACAUCGCUGAGCUGGAGAAACUGUACCUGAACCAGCUCGCACCUGGUCAGAACGAAAGACAGCUCGUGUCCAGCCGUGAACAGGUGGAACUCACGCAGGUUGGCAGCAAGGUGUCAGCGGUCCUUCUGAAGAGUGGUGUAUCUAAUCUGAAUUUAAAGCAGAGUCCACAGAACUCCUUUGAGGAGCUCAAAAAGUCAUCCUGCUCUCAACAGAAACCAUUUCACAAUCAGGUGAAGGACAGGACCUGGGACACUUCAGACAGCCUGAGACAGAAUUCCAAAAUAACCGUUCCCAAACCGUUUCACAUGAUGCUACGCGAGGAGGAGCGAAAGCGACGUAACAUGAAAACUCGCUCCGUGAUGGCGCUAGAAAACGAAAGGCUGAGGAGAGAACUGGAUGAGCUGAAAGAAUGCGGCAAAAAGUUUCGGGCUAAACCGGCCCCCGUCUCAACUUACACGACUUUCUGUGACUUCAAUAAACGCCCAAAUAAGCAUCAAAACAAUCCGACCGAUCAGGGUCACCAUGGAAACCAGCGAGGCACCCAAUACAGUGCCCCUCCCAUCCCCCAGAAACCAUUUAGCUUUAUCGAAAGAGAGCAAAAGAAAAAAGAGAAAAAAUUAGCGGAUGAAAUAAACAACCUGACAGCCAAAGAAGAGAGAAAGAUAUUCAAAGCCAGGCCGGGGCCGAAGUCUCUAUAUAGGUCAAGCUCACCAAACUACCAGAUGUACAAGGCAGAAAGUCUGAACACAAUACAGCGACAGAAUCGUAGACGCUCGACACUGCCCCCUAGCAUCCUGGAGGACACGCUGCAGGAAGGAGAGAACGUUGAUGAGGAGUAUCCCAAUGAAUUUUCCAUCUGGAAAUGGAAGACCAAGGGUAUGCUCCAGGUGGAGGAAGAAUUGGAGAGAAAGAGGAACAGAGAGAGAGAUUGGUCCUACAUUCAUCCCCUACGCAGGGCCAGCUUUUCCCACAGCCAGGAGCUCACACACACCUGCAAAAGUGAUUAUAUCAGUGUUUAAAUAUGCUUAC